CCACGUAAAAGGGCAAAGACCAAGGAAGAGAAGGAGCAGCGCCGUAUCGAGCGUAUUCUCAGAAACAGAAAGGCUGCACAUGCUUCGAGAGAGAAGAAGAGAAGACAUGUGGAGUUUUUGGAGUCGUAUGUUGUUGAUCUGGAGAAGCAGAUGCACCUGGUGAAGUUGUUGAACGAGGAGUUGCUGGGGAAUUACACUGGCGGUAAUUCCACCGUUGAUGAGUUGUUGAAGAAAAUUGCCGCGUUGCCUGAUUUGAAGGAGUCCAAGCGCCAGCAUGCCCAUGACAUUGAGAACGUUGGUGAAUAUCAGUGCUCUAACGAUGUUGACAUGGAGACCGAUACGGCGGCCAACCUCCCAAAUACCCCUGAGUCACACACUGUGUCGUCAGAAGCUGUGAAAUCAGAAUACGAACAGGAUGUUGUGCCUCAGUUGAGCCCUUCAAGACAGGACUCCAUUAGCGAGCCUUCUGAGAAUGGCUCCCCAGCGUUUAUAUCUCCACAGGCCACGCCUCUAUCGAAGGACAGAUUCUCACUGGACAUCAUCAGUGACGUGCCACAGAGUAUCUCUAUGGAAUCGAUGAUUUCAAUCCCAUUUAACGAUACUUUUAUGAAGAAGGAGGAUGAGUUCAUCCUGCAGAUACCCGACACCACAACCACUACCACCAUUUCCGGUGAUAAACUUGGCCUUGAUGACUAUCGUGUUAUCACGAAUGAUGACGAGUUUGACUUUGUUGAGUUGCGCAAUCCAGCAGUGAUUGCGGUUGAAGCAUUGAAUAUUGUGCCACAAGUUUUGAAGCUGACCGAAGGAUGGAGGUCCCAUUAUAUCUGUGUUCUCUAAUAGUAUUUCUCAGGUGAGAUGCUCUUGGUGAACACAGCUGUGUAUGGGAUAUCCUGCAUCUUUCUCAUCUGUGUUUGAUUCAUCUCUUGUGGUGAUCAAUUAUUUGCAUUGCUUCCAACUUGUGCCCGAUGCGCCAACAAGUUCAUUCGACUUAAAUGAUUUCAUGAUGCUCGAUGGGUUAUCACAUUAAAGUUAAUAUUUUGUUGUUUUUCUAUUUCUGGUUAUUGGUUUGUUUCAAGAUCAUUCUUUUCUAUUCUAUUAACCUUUUAUUCUUGUGUUCUUCCUCCGUUGGUAUUUUUAUACGGUGUUU